AUGGCGUCUUAUUGUGCGGCCCGUCUUGGACCUCCACCGUCGUUCCCAUCCAGUAGCUGUAUGCAGGAUAGCGACUGUGGAAGCAGCUCAGGGUUAGGCGGGAUGAAGACGCAAGAAUUAGUUUCGGACGAGGGUGGCAGUUCGUCAUCUGAACAACCUGGAUUUUUUGCACGUCCUAACGUUUUACCUUGUGGUCCACCAUUAAACGGUGUUGCUGGGAUGACGAUGCCGACCUGGGUUCAUCCUACACCUCCUGGGGCUCCGAACGAUCUCUUUGUUCAUAUUCAAAUGGGCGAAACAUUGAACAUUCUAGUUGGAAACGAUGUACAAAAUAUUACUGGCCCAGCUACCGUUCGUAUGGUUGGCGAAUGUGGAAUGUCGCCAUCGGCCCUUCCGAUUCAUGUACCCCCCGGCCACGUGAUUCACCAAAUCGUCGACGAACAAGGAAUAUUACGGCAUCUGAUCCUCUCACCAGAAACACCAUCGCCACCUCGGUUCCCGCCACCAAACGCCGCAAGUCCGAGCUUCAUGUCAUCGCGUAUCGCCUCCUCACCUCCUCUAGCGGUGCCCCCAUUCCAUCCAGCUCUCUAUACUGUAAAUCGGAAAUGGUCGCACAACGGGAAGAUAACGAUUCCGGACCUCGUACCCACCUCCUCAUCUCGAAAUGAAGAACAAUAUGUUUAUACAUUUAAUAUCGAUCAAUUCCAGGAAACCGACAUUGAUGGUGAGGAAUGGGAUAAAGUCCGUGAAAUGUUAGGGCGUAUUUUUGCGCCACAAGUUGUGCGUGUCGGUCCAACUGAUGCCGAUAUUGCUUGGCAACAACUCGAUACUUCAGAGGCUGCUGCGUCUGGUGGCCCAUUUCCACAAAUCGAUGCGUCUGAAUUCACAUAUCAAAUCGUUUUAUUUGAGAAUCAUGGUAGAUUCGUCAGCACGUAUCGGUGCGAGACAGAGACGGGCAAUAAACUUCGUUUGUGUCAGCUUCGUCCUAAUACGGACUAUUAUGUACAGUUAAAAGCUUGCCUUGAAGAACGUGGUUUAGUCGGAGAACCAAGUCAACCGGUCUGCUUUAAAACGGCUCCUGGACGACCGGAAGCUCCUCUAAUGUUCAGGUGUGUUUCACGUGGAAUCGAAUAUCUUGUCGUCGCUUGGCGGCCGCCUAACGACAACGGUGCCAGUAUUGUGAACUAUACAGUUUACCUCAGCAAGGUUUUUGAAGUGUGCUUAUUAGACUUCGUGUUACGGCGGCAAAUCGGAUUGGUGAGAGUGCAGAGACGGCACCCAUCGUCGUCACAACUCGAAAUCGAGAUGCAUGACAUUGCAGCUGGCCCGAAUGCUAUAACAGUCGUGAAAGACCGAAUUACCAGCACAAGCGCUCAAAUCGUGGAUUUGAAACCUGGAUAUGAAUAUCGUUUUCGUGUCAUAGCCCACAACGCUGAAAGCGAAUCACUGCGAUCCGACUGGACCUACGUACGCAUGACAGGCCGCGGAACACCUGAUAGAAUUCUCGAGCCAACAAAACCGCAUGCUGUAGCUCGUGGUCGAAACAAGUUCGACGUGUCUUGGAAAUGUCCUGGAGCGAAGGAUCGUGAGUUCACUUAUGUGUUAGAGGGUUCUACUGCUAAUCAUCCAACACGUUUCCGUGUAUUGUAUCGAGGGCCACUCAGUACGCAUACGAUUACCGAAGAGGAUAUUGUUCAUCUGCGUGUACAGACAGUUAAUAGGAAAAAUGUUGCGAGCGACUUUUCUGAAGUGGUCACGUUGGUUCGUGAGCCGGAGUUAGUAAUUACGAAGCCACCACAACUAACAUCGCCAGUCAUCGAAGGUUGUGGAAAAGGUGCGGUACGCUUCACCUGGAGCGUACCGAAGAUUGUGAUUCCACCAACAGCUACUCUGAUGUUUGAGUUGCGGCGAAUUGAUGACAAGAGCCAAAUCGUGUAUUCUGGAUCUGAACCUCAUUGUCGUCUGGAAGGGUUGUCCAGCCGACAGCACAUCGAGGUUCAGGUUCGCGCUGUUGUGAUAGCCCAGGAUGGGUCGCGAUAUGAAGGGUGUUGGAGUUCUGUGACUGGUGGGAACGCUCCUCGUGACGCUCCAUGCACUCCGGCAGAUGUAACGAUUAACAGUGAAAGAACGAUGUUAACGUGGAAAACAGUAGACCCUUCACCAGACAUUCGUUUUCGCGUGCACUGUAGCCAAGUGGUAGCUGGGCAUGAAAUGGAGGAAACUGUCAGUGAGACAGGCGAAUGUCAGUACUCGUUAGCGCUGCUCGAACACGCCAAACAGUUUGUGUGCCGGGUGUCUGCUUUCCAUGAUGGUGGAGAGUCACCACUUUCGAAACCUCUGAUUUUCACCACACGCAGUGGAGCACCAGCACAACCUGAAGGUGUUACAAUCGAGUCGGACGGUACCCGAGCCUUGUUGCUUCGCUGGUCCGUUCCUGACUGUCGGGGUUCUCCAAUUACACAAUACCUUCUUCGCGUUGAAACGAAAAGCGAAAUGAUUCGCGAGGUAUUCAUUGUACCACCGGCAAUUUUUGGUCCAUGCGAGUAUCGUAUAGCGGAUCUUCAAGCGGACACUGACUACAGGGUUGAACUAUCUGCCGAAAAUGUUAUUGGUUGUGGUAUUGCAGCUGCGAUCACUGGAAGGACACGUCCUCCUCCGCCAGAUCCACCAAAGAUUGAAUGCGAAUGUGAUGCCACUAGUCUCCGACUGCGUUGGAAGCCGUGCUCAACGCACAGUCUUCUUACUUACAAGUAUAUGAUUACUUGGGAAAUGAUUUUUUUGUUUGAAUUAGGCAAUAAUUUCUACUGUGGCAGAGUAAUUCGACUUGGUGAAUGUGACAAGGUGAUUUCGGUUUACGAAGGCGACAUGUGCAGUACCCGAAUCAAGGGACUCACUGAAAAUACUGAGUACCGAUUUCAGAUCAGGAGUAUAGAUCGGUGUGCUGAUAUUCUUAUUCAAAGCCACACUGGAGUUGGACCUUGGUCUUCAGUGUUCACGUUCCGUACAGCACUCAGUCCACCACCGGCUAUAAAAGGGCCGCCGACAGCAACCCCAAGCGGCGAUGGUUACUACCAGCUCGAAUGGUCUUCGGUCAUUGUGAAACCUAACACCAAAAAAUGUUUCUACCGUCUGCAGGUCGUCGACUGUUCCAUUGAUAACGCGAAAUGGAUGACGGUUUAUGAGGGGACAUUGCCUUCGUGCACGUUGCGUCUUUCUGACUAUCCAUCUGCAGUUCAAGCUCGUGUAAUUUGUGUUAGACCAGAAGGCAACAACGAGAUCUCUUCACCUCCUAGUCCAAUUGUGUACAUGGCGAAUCUUCCCUUGGACAACGAGGUUCAGUUGAUCCAGGAGAAGAAAGCUGACACUAUUCCGGUUGUGCGCUGGUGGACAAUGCAGUGUAGUCUCACUACCAUUAUGGUGGUGCUCUUCAUUGUGAUUUCAUUUACAAUGGCCCUAUUUUUUGACUCUAUGUUCAAUUUGUAUGUGCCACCGAAUGCGGCAUUACAAAGUGGACGGGAACAGAGCUCGGAACCUCUAGAGUCAUCCCGCAGAACUCAUUAG